CUCGGCGCCGCCGCUUCCGCCUCUGCGCGGCGCCGCCCGCGGGGGCGGCCGGGCCGGGCCCCCCCCCGGGAACCGGACCGCGGGCGGAGGGGGGCAACGGCACCCUCCCGUCCCCCAUCGAAAUAUUCCGCUUCCCGUGAACAUCCGCCGGUUUUCUUGUAUUGCCCCCCAAAGCCAGCCCCGAGAACCCGCGUUGCGUCCGCCCGAAGGGUGCCGUUGGCUGAGGCGGGGCCGGCCGGGCCUUGGCGCCUCUCAGGGCUCCACGCCGGCGGCUGGACGGACACCCAGCUUCGGCCACUCGUGUGGGCAAAUCCAGCAGGCUCGACGGGACACUGCUGUCCAAGAGCGCAGUGGGUGAAGGGGGAAAGCUCCCAAAAGAAACGAGCAGGGAGCCCGGCACCAUUUGUGAGAGCAGCCCUGAUGGAGGGGACCUCUGAGACUCUGCUUAGCAAAAGCAGAGCAGCGUGAUACCGAGCGCAGUGAGCAGUGACCGGUCUCCCACCUCUUUCCGAGCCAGGCGAGGCUGUUAACUCCGCUGCGCUCCUCUGACGAUCCGAAUGGACAGGUAGAGAGAGCGAAGCAGCUUUUCCCAAGUUCAUGAGAGGUUCUGCAUCAAGCAAAGCAAGGAGCUGGAUUUGGGUCUCCAGCGCUCAACUUCAGGAUAGCGCAGCAUCCCAGCUCCCACCCUGUGGGCAGGGAAAGGCAGCUGGCUCUUGGCUGGUGAUUUUCUGGAUCUCCUCCUCUGCUCCUCCAUCCGGAAUGUAGCCAGUGCUGGCAGCCGCAGGCGGGGAGCACAGAGGAAGAAGAGGGGCUUUGCUCCGAGAGGGACUUUUGAGAAUUAAUUGCAGUUUUGGAAGUUUCUCCCAUUUUUGAAACCUGACUGAAUUGGCAAAAUGCCCGCUCCAGUUCCAGGACUGUGGAACUACCUCCCAGAAGAAAUCCUCAUCCAAAUUUUCUAUUAUCUUUCGCUUCAAGAUAGAUACGCGGUCUUCCAGGUGUGCAGGCAAUGGGCUACAGCUGUUUCUUCCAGCUCUGUUUGGCAUUUCACAGAGAUCAGCUGUGAUUCAGAGGAUGAGGAAGGCAUGCUGCAGAGCUUGCUCCAGUUCCUCAGCCAAAUCAAACACCUGAAGAUUGUGUUUGACCAAUCCAAGGAGGUCAACCGGAAGAACGUGACACGCAUCUUGGAUAUGUUGGCAAAACAGAACCACAAACUGCAGCAGCUGUGCAUUGUGUGCCAUGGGGAGAACCCCUAUUUCUACUCUGGCCAGGACAUCCUACAGAGCAUACGGAAUAUAUGUGCCACUACAAACCAGAUAGAUCUUCAGCAUAUUGAUUUUCGACAAAUGCCCUUCACUCUCGACGACGAGCUUGUUGAACUCUUGGCUACCACCAACCCAAACUUGCACAGUUUGUUCAUCAACAACCGCACCCUGGUGUGCAACGUGGCACCAGGCACCAUUGGGAAAGUUCUCAGAGCAUGUCCCAAACUCUCGGCCUUGGGGGUUUACUAUGCCAGUUUGUCUGAUGAUGUGUUUCAGGAACUGCUCAAGCCCGAAAGAGCAGCUUUCACCCAUUUAGACAUUUUCUGUGAGCGCCUGGACAAAUAUAUACCGGUUAUCUCAGAAGAGCUCUGGGCUGCUGUAAGUCAAAAGCAUCCUCAACUCCGUGUAGACCUAGAGUUUGAUCAUACGGUCCCUGCCUGCAAAAUCCCACGGAUCCUAAAGCUGAAUAUACCUGUGAGCACACUGCAACUUAAUACCUAUAAUUACAUGGUAAAUCAGAUUAGGUUUGUCACCCAGAGCUACAGCGGUACUUUAAAGAAGCUGAUGCUGCAAACCACGUCCUCGGAGGACUUGAAUUCCUCGCUCAUCGAUCUGGCCAGGCAGUGCAGAAAUCUGUUGGAGAUCCACUGCUACUGUGUGGUUAGCCAGGAGGUGGUAGAAGCGUUCCUCAUGCACUGCCCCAGUCUCAAACAGUACACUCUGAAGGUCACCAAGGAACGGCACCCCUGGAAACCAGUAGCAGUUCAGUGACCAGCUCCUACUGACUUCCUGGGGGAAUCAUGGGCCAUCUGCAAGAGGACGGGGAAAGAAAAUUUGGGGCUACAGGGAAAAUGCUGCAAAGUGCCCUCUGCACUCAUUGAGAACGUGCUGUUUCACCAGCGCUGGCUGUUACAUAUGAUGCACACCUGUUCUGCAGACCAAGCAUUUACACUCAAAUGUGAUAGAGAAAGGAUUAUACAGAGAUACAGAGUUGCCCCCCUUGUUUUUUUUUUUUCCUUUAUGGGGUUAUUUAGGGCAGGUCUUUUUUCUUCUCUGUUUCUUUGUUUAGCAGGAAUGCCGAGUUUACCCUUUGCCGGUUUUUACAGAGGACCUCAGCGAAAUUUAGUUUUGAUUUUACACUUUAAAAGAAUCUCAAAGUCAAGCACAUUGUGUCAGGCGCCCUCAAAUAGACAUUUAAGGAAGUGGCACUUUUUCUGCCCAGUGGGGUACUUAGCCAUGCAGAUCCAGUGAGCUGUAGCAACAAACUGUCAUCAUCUGAUGGAAAAUCCACUCUAACUUUGGUAAUUCCUCUUUUGGCAUUUCGGUGAUGAUGAACUCGCCAUUAUCCAGUUGUCACGUAACUUCCAGCUUGGAGGGAAACAACAGGAGCUGAAUUAUGGUAGAAAGUACAAGCAGGAGAAAAAGCACUUAAGGAAAAACAUUCACAAGGUAGUAAUAAAAGGCACAUGGCCUGCAAAUUCCCCUGCCCAUCUUGCCUUGCUUUUGCUCAGGAAUGCAGAUUUCCAGGUUACAAUUUGAAUACCUUUUGCAGAGACCUUUACUUUUAUUACAUUGUUAGUGUUUCUUAGGAGAAUCGAGAGCCUUGGCAGUUUUCGCAAUGAUACCUGCAUUCAUGUGCACGUUAUCGUGCAUCUGAAGUAGGGGGAGGGGUGUGUUGGCCUGCUGUACCAAGGGUUUUGGUGAGUGAUAUUUGAAGAGCAGUUUCUGAGUUGAAAUGAACUUGGCAUAAAGCUACGCUGUGAGCACCUAUUUAGAGCUAUCUAAAGCAUUUAUAAUAAUAAUAAAAGCAUAUUAUCAUGUGUCAUGGAU